AUGUCUUCGAAAAAAAGUGCCAAAACAGUAACGAUACAGUUGCGACCAGUGAAUCGUGGGAGAACCUCCACCGAACAGCAGCAAACUGCAGGCCCUUCCAGUGGACCGCCCAUCAAACCGGUCGGAAUUAAAUCGCGCUACAAAAUUUAUGAAAUACCACGCAAAUCCGAAUUUUCCGAAUAUCUUGAACGGAUACGGCGUGAACAAGAAGUACGGCAGGAAAGAGAUGCAACCAGCCGUGCGAUACACGCACGAGAUGAAGCAGCGGGUCCUAGUCAACAAUACGAACCUCUACAGAACUUUCUCGAAUUCGAUAAACCGAUCACCCUCAUGCGACAGGGAAGUGUGGUUGAGUAUCGACCGAAGGAGCGGCAUCCGUUCAAGGAGCUGGUCAGCAACUACCUUAGACGACCCUCAUAUACGAAAAAAACGAUCCGACCAUACAAGCUGCCCAUCGUACAAAGCUGGGAGCAAGCGAUAGAAGAGUCGCUGAGAAAGAUGGCCGCGGAAAGAUCGACUCGGGGUGAAAUUUGGAAACAAUCCCGGCUAAAGUGGUUGGAAGAUUUGGAAGAAGCGAAUAGAACACUACCGGCAUCGCACAGAACCGCCAGUAGAGAGGAAGGUAUUCAUCCGUCUAUAUGCUGUUUUCUUAUGUGGUGUCGGCAUCGCCAUCAUCGUGCGUCAGAUAGGUAA